CUGAGGACUUGUCCCUCUGUCCUUUUAGGCUGCUGUUCCCUCUUCAGCUGACUUCAGUGCUUCAGCUGCCUAUGGUCAGACCUGAGGUGACUUUGGAUAUGGGGAAGGGCUGGCCAUGGUGGUACAGCUGAUAGUCGAAAAAACGACUGACUACCCUUCAGCUGAGUACUCCCUGGUGGAGGAUGUAGCCCUCCACUUCACGUGUUUGAUGGACAGACUGAACGAGCAGCGCCUCUUUCAGCCGGACCUGUGCGACGUGGACAUUGUGCUGGUGCAGCACAAGAGCAUCUUCCCAGCGCACAAGGGGGUCCUGGCAGCCUACAGCCAGUUCUUCCACUCCCUCUUCACCCAGAACAAGCAGCUGCAGCGCGUGGAGCUCUCUCUGGAGGCUCUCACCUCACAGGGCCUGCAGCAGAUCCUCAACUUCAUCUACACCUCCAAGCUCCUCGUCAACUCCUGCAAUGUGCAGGAUGUGCUGAACGCGGCCGCCGUGUUGCAGAUGAACAACAUUGCCUCCUCCUGCCAGGACCUCCUCGACACCCGCUCGCUCAGCCUGGCCACUGACAUGGCCCUGCCUGCUGAGAGCUGCGCCGGACCCCCCCCCUACUACUGUGAGAUCAAGCAGGAGGUGGAUGCCCCUCAUCCCAAGAUCUAUGCCCGGGAGGGCAAUGACCCCUAUUCAGUGCGGGUGGAAGAUGGCACGGGUGGUGGGACACUCCCUCCUGGUCCAGCCAAGCAGUACUACAAGGAGGAGAAGGAUGGUGGUCCAGGUGCUGUCUGUAAGAUGGAGGGUGAGGAGUCGGAGGAGGACCUGGACAGCCAGGGCUCGUACAACCGGGAACAGAUAAUUGUGGAGGUGAACCUCAACAACCAGACCCUCAAUGUCUCCAAGGGCACGGAGGGGAAGGGAGCUGCCAGUGAGGCAUCUGUGAUGGGGAGGCCUGAUGGUGAUGGGCGAGACACGGAGGAGGAUGGGGAGGAGGAGAAUGAGGAAGGGGAGGAAGAGGAGGAAGAAGAGGAGGAUGCGGAGGUGGGUGAAGAGGAGGAGGAGGAGCACAGUGAGGAGGAAGACUUGGAGGACACGACGGAAGAAGAGGAUGAUGACGAUGAUGGUGAAGAUGCGUCAGAAUUGAAAAGGGAAAAGUGUGGGCAGCCCCGCAGAGGCAGCCGGGCCUCCAAAGCCACCAAACCUGCCAUGGCAACCAGGUCCCAGGAGGUGGCCAAGGUGGAAGAGGAGGAGGAGGAGGAGGAGGAAGAAGGGCAACGAGGGAGGAAGAGGAAAAAGGAACAGGAUAGUUUGGGCCAGAAGGUGAAGCUGGAGGAGAAACAGCACUACCCAUGCAAGAAGUGCCCCCGGGUCUUCAACAACCGCUGGUACCUGGAGAAGCACAUGAACGUCACGCACAGCCGCAUGCAGAUCUGCGACAAGUGUGGCAAGCGCUUCCUGCUUGAGAGCGAGCUGCUGCUGCACCACCAGACUGACUGCGAGAAGAACAUCCAGUGUGUGACAUGCGGGAAGGGGUUCAAGAAGCUCUGGUCCCUCCAUGAGCACAACAAGAUUGUUCACGGCUAUGCCGAGAAGAAGUUCUCCUGCGAGAUCUGCGAGAAGAAGUUCUACACCAUGGCCCAUGUGCGCAAACACAUGGUUGCUCACACCAAGGACAUGCCAUUCACCUGUGAGACCUGUGGGAAGUCCUUCAAGCGCAGCAUGUCCCUCAAGGUCCAUUCACUCCAGCACUCCGGGGAAAAGCCUUUUAAAUGUGAGAACUGCAAUGAACGCUUCCAGUACAAGUACCAGCUGCGCUCCCACAUGAGCAUCCACAUCGGCCACAAGCAGUUCAUGUGUCAGUGGUGUGGCAAGGACUUCAACAUGAAGCAGUACUUUGAUGAGCACAUGAAGACACACACAGGUGAGAAGCCCUACAUCUGUGAGAUCUGUGGGAAGAGCUUCACCAGCCGCCCCAACAUGAAGCGGCAUCGCCGGACCCACACGGGCGAGAAGCCGUACCCCUGUGAUGUCUGUGGCCAGCGCUUCCGCUUCUCCAACAUGCUGAAAGCUCACAAGGAGAAAUGCUUCCGCGUCAGCAACCCCUUGGCUUCGGACACGGCCGUCCCCCAACCUGCCACCAGCCCUGCUCCGUUGCCUCCUGGCCCUGGAGUCUCCCCCCUGCCCCUGCCACUGCUCCAUCCCCUUCCACAGAGCCUCCCUCCUCCUCCUCACCUACCGCCACCCCCUCCCCUGUUUCCUGCGGGCAGGGUAAAUUCAAACAACAACUAGGUGCCCCCAUUCCGGCCAUGCGCCUGCACAGACUGCUCAGCCCUUUGGGAACGCCUCCCCCCAGGGGAGCCAAGGCUUUGCUUGCUCUCUACCCCUUUUCCUCCUCAUUUUGGGGUUGUUUUGGUAUGUUUUUCCUUUUUCUCACCCGUCAUUCUCCACAGAGAGGGGGAGCAGGAGGAAGCCCCCCGCACCGAGGAGCGUGGGUGUUGGCGGGGGGAGCUGCCAUCCGUCCGUAAGGGUGUAGGUAAAAGGCGUUGCUUUCUGUUACAUCUUCCCAUGCAUCAGCUUCAUCUUCAGCCAGGAUGCUGGUGGUGCUUGGAGGAGCAGGAUGCUGUGCCAUCCGGGGUUGUGCUCACCGGUGGUGCACACCCGCUUGCUAGCUGAAGGAAUGCCUGCCGGUGCUUCGAUAUUUAUAAUAAGCCGAAAUCUAGUUAGUGGUGCUUGAAUCCCUGUACUGUAAAGCUGGUCUUUCAAUCCAGGCUCUUUUCCCAAGAGGCUGAGAGGUGAGCACCACAGAAGAGCCCCCGCCAGCCCUGUCUGCCAGCCCCGGUGGCCCGCGGCGGGUGAGCAGAUGUCCCUGUUGGAAAGCUGUCAGCCUGCUCUCAUUAGCAGCCCUGGCCACGUCUUCCUUCCCUUUGACAGGUUUUCCUCCUAGGUAGGCAAAAGCACAAACAUCAGCGUUGCAUCUUGGGGCAUCGGCAGCUCACUGCCGGCUCACUUUUGGAGUGCCCUAAGGGAGUCGGUCUCUGGUGUGCCCUUUCUGUUAAUCCCAGCAGGAGCUGGGCUCCUGGGGAUGCUCUGGAGUUGGAAAAUGUCCCUGGGAGAGCUCAGAUGGCCCUGGGACCAGUGGGAAUGUAGUCUGGGAUAGUGAAGAAGGAUGCUGCCUUUUCUCAGCAGAAUCGGCCCAGAAUAGUGCCUUAACAAUUUGAAUAAACCCCUGUCUGAUGGGUGAGCUCCAGGCUAGGUCCCAUUGCAAGGUUCAGAGCUAAAGCCAGACCGCAUUCAGCCUGAUGAUGAUCUCUUGUCCUCCAAUUCAUUGCUGUGUUGCUCUCCCAAGCUUUGUCACUCCCUUUGGGGUUGUCAUCUGUUUCGCUGCCCUGGCUUGAGGGGACCAGUGAGGGCUGUGUUUGAUUUGGUGAUGUCCCACGCUAUUGGUUAGCACUUCUUUGGCCAUGUUGUGUUUGUUGAAGCUGAGUUGGUCUUUGGUUUCACUUCAGGCAGGCUUCAUGCUGGUGGUAGAGAAUAGGAAGCUUUGCUGUUAAGUUUUUGUUGGUCCAAGCUGGGUAUCGCUGCUGUGCUCUGCAUCAGGGAGUCAUGCACUGGUCUGUCCAUGUCUGUGUGGUCUUUCUUCCUGGGGAAAUGUCCCCAUUGGAGACGGGGAGAGCUGGGACUACUACAGGGGCUGCAGAGCAUGCAGCAUGGGCAGAGAGAUGCUGGCCAAGAGGUAGUGUGCAUAGCAGUUGAUGUCUUGCUGUCAAGGCCAGCGCUGGUGGAUGCAUGUGGUCAGGUCAUGGAGGAAGUCGUGAGCUAUUGGUAGGAAAUAAGGAAGAGAGGACCUUGAAUAGGCUACAGGAGCCCUUUCUUAUUUGCAUCUUGUUCUGGGUGACAGCAAGGUGCUGGGCACAGUGGGCACAGGCCACAUCUGUCCCUGCAAGAAAUCUUGGUGCUUUGUCUCCUGGACUAAAUCAGCAAAAUGCUUGGGCAGCAUUGAGGCUGUCCCUGCAGAGGUGAGAGGAUUCAGCCAUGUGCUCAGGGGCUUUGCUGAAUGGGAACAUUCAGGAACAUUGCCCUGAUAGGGACAGAACAGGGGAGCAUCUGCUGUUGUCCUGACUGCUCUUUGACAGAAUGGGUUAGGUGACUAUUGCUCCCUCCUGCUGAGUGGUGCUCCCCUGUGCCUGAUGUCUACAGAAGGCUGGCUGCUCUUGUAGGUGUUAGCAUUUUGGAGCAACAAAUCACUUUGCAUCUUCAUGUUGGCUGGGAUCCUGUGGACUCCCAACAUUGCAGUCAGUGCCAGUGGGCUCACUCAUCUCCAUCUGCUUUGAGCAAAUGGAGGUUGCUGUGACAGAGCUGCCUUGCCAUAUUGACCUUCUCAGAUGGGUACCAAAGGCUUCUUUGCUCUCCUUCCUCCAUGACCCUGGGGCUUAUUAGGAUGGCACAAAGCCUUCUCAAACAUACACCCAUGAGGGUGGUCUUGGGGCCAUUGGCUUUCUGAAGGGACCAUGAUCUGGAAGGGAAGAUGAUUGUUUUAGAGAAGCAUUCAGUGAUAUCCUUGGAUGUGUUGGAGGGCCUCAGUAGAGUGUCCAUGCUGUCUUCUCCUCCACUGCCUCCCAGAUCACAUCCCCUAGGACUCCCUUGUGCUUCUUACCUGUCACACUCAGCCUUGAGAUGGGAUAGGAGCACUGCACCCCAAGGAGGGCUGACCUUGCCUGUAUGGUCUUUGUGGGGGACUGCAUCAGCCUACCUGGCUGGUAGACUUCUGCCCCGAAGUAAACACCAACAUUUGCUCCCUUGUACCUCUCACCUGGAGGUGGCUUUCCCUGUCCCAGUUUGUCCUCUCCCAGUGAGGACCUGUCCCACUUGGAUGUCACUGUGAGAUGAGAGCACCUUGUUGAGGCUAGAAGCCCAGCAGAAAGCCCAGUGACUGAUCCCAUCUGAGUCUGAUCCCCUUCAAGAGCCUGCUCAUAGAGCCACUUGGAGACGUCGAGAUGUGACCAUGCACACAGCACUUUGGAGAACCAGAUCCCUGCUGCUCCUUCCCUUCUCCAGGGCUUGGGCAGUUCCCAGGAGUCCUACAUGGCCUCUGAGCCCUUUUGUCUACACCCUUACUCUGCCCCAGUGUGUCUCUUCAUGUCUGGUUUUCGUUGAUGUACUAAGAGCUCAAAAUGAGUCAGUCCCGCAUCUAUCCCGGUUGGCCCUGUUGGCACCCAUUGGGUUAGACAGGGCGGGACGUGGGGGAGUUGGGUCUGUUGUUUUCAAGCUUUUUAUGGCUUAUUUUAUUUUUUUUUCUUUUUUUUUUUUUAAACUCUUGCACCUUAAUCUCUCACAUCCCUUCUUCCACAGACUGCGAGGGUGGAGAGGGGCUUGAUUUCCAUUACGCAGUUCAUGAAUACGCCGCAACACAGUGCUCAAUUGACAACUCUGCCCAUGCAUCUAACCCCAGACCUGUCUGGGUUUGAAAUUCCCCCUUCUGCUUUCAUUUGAAC